AUGAACUGUGGGGUUGCCGGGGAUGGCGGGGAUGCAGGGAAUGCAGAUUUCAAUUCUCCGCGGCCCUUCCACGUCGUUGUGGCAGCCAACCGGUCGAUGGGCAUCGGCGCGGGGGGGUCCCUGCCCUGGCGCCUGGCGGGCGACAUGGCGCACUUCAAGAGGCUGACCCAGACGCCGCCCGAGGCUGGGAAGAUCAACGCCGUGGUCAUGGGCCGCCGGACCUGGGAGUCGAUCCCGGCCAAGUUCCGCCCGCUGCCCGGCCGAUUGAAUGUGGUGCUCAGCAGGCGAUCCGCGAUGGGCAAUCAUGAUCAGGAUUUUAAUUCAUCGUCCGGGCAUGGCGAUUCGGCAUUCCCGCCGGGCGUGCUGGUGUUCAGUGGAUUGGAUGAUGCGCUGGGGGGAUUGGCGCGGGAGCCGCACGCCUCCAACCUGGGAUGGAUCUUCGUGAUCGGCGGCGGCCAGGUCUACGAGGCUGCGGUGAGGUCGCCCUUGUGCACCGGAGUGCACAUGACGCUCGUGGAGCAGGAUGAAGAAGGGGCCAAAAAAUGCGAUACAUUUUUCCCGGAGGCCUCGGCGGAGCGGUUCCGGGUGUGGGCCGCCGCGGUGCCAGCGAGGGACUCGCCCGAGGGGGAGCGGUACAGCUUCAUGGUGCUGGCGCCGGCGGGGCAGGGCCCGGUGGAGAUGCCGCCGGGAGCGGCGUGCGGCCACGAGGAGGAGCAGUACCUCAACCUCAUAAAGGACAUCAUUACCACAGGCGCGAGGAGGGGUGACCGCACUGGCACGGGCACGUUUUCUAAAUUUGGGUGCCAAAUGAGGUUCAACCUGCGUCACACGUUUCCACUGCUCACCACAAAACGAGUGUUCUGGAGAGGUGUGGUUGAGGAGCUGUUGUGGUUCAUGAGUGGUAGCACAAACGCCAGAAACCUUGCUGAAAAGGAUGUCCACAUCUGGGACGACAAUGGUUCAAGGGAGUUUCUUGAUCGUGUGGGGCUCACUGACAGGGAGGAAGGGGACUUGGGGCCCGUCUAUGGAUUCCAAUGGCGCCAUUUUGGUGCAAAAUAUGUUGAUAUGCGCACAGACUACACAGGCCAAGGUGUGGACCAGCUUGCUGAUGUCAUCCACAAGAUCAAGACCAAUCCGAACGAUCGUAGGAUUGUCAUGACUGCCUGGAACCCAGCUGACCUUGGCAAGAUGGCACUGCCCCCUUGCCACAUGUUCUGCCAGUUCUAUGUGGCAGAUGGAGAGCUCUCCUGCCAGCUAUAUCAGCGCUCAUGCGACAUGGGUCUGGGUGUGCCCUUCAACAUCGCCAGCUAUGCCCUCCUGACGUGCCUUGUGGCACAUGUCUGUGGGCUGAAGCCUGGCGACUUUGUACAUGCGCUGGGAGAUGCGCAUGUGUAUUGCAACCAUGUGGAGCCACUCAAGGAACAGCUCAAGAACUCGCCGAGGCACUUUCCGGUGUUGGAGCUGAACAAGGAAGUCACAGACAUUGAUGCUUUCACUAUGGACGACAUCAAACUUGUAGGGUACAACCCUCACAAGAAAAUCGCCAUGAAGAUGGCAGUAUGA